GCGUAUUUCUGGGCAAACAUCUUUUGGCUCACCCGUGCUGGUUUCUUUGGUAUCCCUCCAAAAUGGGCGGCUUCCGCUUUCUAUACCUCGUCAAGCCGUUCCUUCCGUUUCUCCCUGAGGUCUCGUCCCCGGACAGGAAGAUCCCCUUCAACCAGAAGCUGCUAUGGACCGCCGUCACGCUGCUUAUCUUCCUUGUCUGCUCGCAAGUCCCGUUAUACGGCAUCAUGUCCUCUGACUCGUCCGACCCCCUCUACUGGCUUCGUGUCAUCCUCGCGUCCAACCGAGGCACGCUCAUGGAACUCGGCAUUACCCCCAUCGUCACCUCGGGCAUGAUCAUGCAACUUCUCGCCGGCGCAAACCUCAUUGAGGUCGACUUUUCGUUGAAGGAGGACAGGGCUCUUUUCGGUGGUGCUCAGAAGCUGUUCGCGCUGAUCAUCUCCAUCGGACAAGCCACGGUCUACGUCUUGACGGGUCUCUACGGCACGCCUGCGUCCCUUGGCGCGGGUAUCUGCCUGCUGCUCAUCAUUCAGCUCGUCGCGGCCGCUCUUAUCGUCAUCCUCCUUGAUGAGCUGCUCCAGAAGGGCUACGGCCUCGGUUCGGGCAUUUCCCUCUUCAUCGCCACGAACAUCUGCGAGUCCAUCGUCUGGAAGGCGUUCUCGCCCACGACCAUCAACACCGGCCGCGGCCCCGAAUUCGAGGGCGCCAUCAUCGCGCUCUUCCACCUCCUCUUCACGUGGAACGACAAGGGCCGCGCGCUCCGCGAGGCGUUCUGGCGCGACCGCCUGCCGAACCUGAUGAACCUGCUCUCGACCAUCGUCAUCUUCGCCGUCGUCAUCUACCUCCAGGGCUUCCGCAUCGAGAUCCCGGUCAAGAGCAACCGCUUCCGCGGCCAGCGCGGGACGUACCCCGUCAAGCUCUUCUACACGAGCAACAUGCCCAUCAUGCUCGAGAGCGCGCUCACGUCGAACAUGUACAUCCUGUCGCAGAUGCUCGCCUCGCGCUUCCCGUCGAACUUCCUCGUCCGCCUUCUGGGCGUGUGGGAGCCCAUGGACGACUCCCCUCAGCUCCGUGCUGUGUCCGGCUUGGUAUACUACAUGUCGCCUCCGCGCACGCUCUCUGAGGCCUUCACGGACCCCAUCCACACGGCCAUCUACAUCCUGUUCAUUAUCUCCGCCUGUGCGCUCUUCAGCAAGACCUGGAUCGAGAUCAGCGGCAGCGGCCCGAGGGAUGUCGCUCGUCAGCUCAAGGAUCAGCAGAUGGUCAUGGCCGGCCACCGCGAGGGCUCGAUGUACAAGGAGCUGAAGCGCGUCAUCCCGACGGCGGCUGCGUUUGGUGGUGCCAUCCUCGGCCUGCUCUCCGUCGCGGCGGACAUGAUGGGCGCCAUCGGCAGCGGCACGGGUAUCCUCAUGGCGGUUACCAUCAUCUACAGCUAUUGGGAGAUUGGCAUGCGCGAGUCCGGCGGGCCGGAGAUGGCGGCGCUUGGCGAGUUGUUGCAAUAAAUGCAGUUGUAAUUGGGCCGUGUCCGGGUCGUGUUUGCUAUCUAUUCGAAGGACGCACCGUAUAAAUGCACCGCAGGGGGGUAUGGACGCAAAAUCGACGAGUCGAUUGAGGUCACGGUGGACAAGAACUCUCCGAGGUGGGCAAUGACCUUGGUGGGUGGGUGGUGACCUUCGUGGGCGCGCAAUGGCCUUGUGAUGGACAGCGACCACUGCGACGAGCAGCAUCCAACGAGAGCGCCUCUGGCAUCGGCGAAUGACGACCUUUGUAUACGUUAUACGAUUGCUGGAUCUAAUGCGCGAGACGUGCCACACUCUUUUCAUUA